GGGAAACACCACUGUGAUUUACCUCAGUGGCACUGUGGCUGAAGGGCUGGAGUGGGGCAUGCCACAGCAGGUAGCCUGAAGCCCCAGGGCGGUUCCAUCUGCUUCAUUCUACGGCCCAGGAGCUCUCCCUUGUUAUUGAAACACCCCAAGAAGCUGAGUCCUGUGUGCCAAUGUGCCAGGAGACAGAUUACCUCACAAAGCCUCACUGGAGUCACAUCAAGAUAUAAAAUACUAAUGCCAGGACCUGCAGGCACAGUAGGAUCCAGCAGGCAGAGACUGGUGGUGAGUAAGUGACAAAUGAGCAAACAGAACCUGUCUUUAGAGGGAAGAGUUGAUGGCUGGUUAGAUUGUUGGCAGGCAUCUUUCUCCUUGGGAGAGUGACCACUGGGAUCCCACCGACUCCAAAAGUUACAGUGGAUAGGAGGUUUCUGGGGCUACAGAGAUGGCAGUUGGAUGCUGGAGGAAUCCCCUGCUGCUGCUGCUGACUGCCUUUAUCCUGGCGGCCACGAUGAGUCACUUUGAAGAAUGGAAAGGGUUUCAGGAGAAGCCCAUGAGCAAGAAAAACAUGAAUUCAACACUCAACUUCUUCAUUGAAAGCUACAACAACGCUAGCAAUGAUACCUACUUAUUUCAAGUUGACAAGCUACUCCGAAGUCAGGUGCAGCUGACAACAGGAGUGGAGUAUCUGAUCACAGUGAAGAUUAGCCGGACCAAAUGCAAGAGGAAUGAGAAGAAAAGUCAGCCUUGCCGCUUUCAAAGCAAGGGGCUGAAAAAGAGUUUCAUUUGUGAUUUCUUGCUAUAUACUGUGCCCUGGAUAAAGUUUUACGAGCUCUGGAACAACUCCUGUCUGGAGGCCUAAAUGCGUUCAUGCAGAGAUCCUUAAUAAAACCUUAGACUGAA